GUCAUCAAAUUUCAAGAUGGCAGCCUCCAGGAGUGUCGGCAUGUGCCGCUUAGCUCGAAUUUUCAGUCUUUCAAGGGGUCAAGUUAGUAGGUCACAACGAUCCUAUCACGGAGCGAUUUCUCAGGCAACUGGAAUACCACCAUUUGGUCAAAAUGAUUCAAUAUCAGCUAACCAUCAAGAAACUUCAAGACAUCGAAGAGGACAUCUCCGUAUUAUCAGACGGUACUCGUCAAACACUGCAGAAACAGAGUCAAGUUCUGAACCUAUAACAGGAAUCACUGAAAAUGAAACUGAGAAUACAGAAGAGGAGCCUGUCAAACACAAUAUUAUCCAAGAUUCAGAGGUAUCAUCAGGAGACUUUCAAGAACAUGAAUUUCAAGCUGAGACCAGAAUGCUUUUAGACAUUGUUGCUAAGUCUUUGUAUUCAGAGAAUGAGGUGUUCAUCAGAGAGCUGGUGUCCAAUGCCAGUGAUGCCCUAGAGAAGCUUCGAUAUCUUCAGCUGACACAGGAUAACCUUGAGAGACCAGGAGCAUUAGAGAUACACAUAGCAACCAACCAGGACAAGGGAACAUUCGCUAUACAGGAUACUGGUGUUGGUAUGAAUAAAGAGGAGAUGGUUGAGAAUCUAGGAACCAUUGCAAGAUCAGGGUCAAAGGCAUUCCUCAAAGAACUGCAAGAGAAGGGUGGUAGUUCUGAUGGCAGUAUUAUAGGACAGUUUGGAGUGGGUUUUUAUUCAGCUUUCAUGGUAGGAGAUAAGGUAGAAGUCUUCUCUAAAUCACAUCAAAAGGAUGCUAAAGCUUGGUAUUGGUGCUCAGAUGGGUCAGGUAAAUAUGAGAUGAGUGAGGCUGAUGGAGUGAUGAAAGGAACAAAGAUUGUGAUUCAUCUCAAGAAGGAUUGCUGGAAGUUUGGAAUGGAGUCGGAUGUCAAAGAUAUCCUCCUCAAGCACAGUAACUUUGUGGGAGUUCCCAUCUUUCUCAAUGGUACGCUAAUCAACACAACCCAGGCCCUCUGGACCGAGGAACCCCGUAACAUCACAGAACAGAACCACACUGAAUUCUACCAAUACCUCACAAAGAACACCUAUGACACGCCCCGUUACACCCUCCACUUCAAGGCCGAUGCCCCUCUCAAUAUACGCAGUCUGUUCUACGUCCCGAAUCGACCACCGGCAAUGUGGGAGUACAGUCAGCAAGCUGAUAGUGGAGUAUCCCUCUAUAGUCGGAAGAUCCUCAUCCAGCACAAGGCGGAGAAAAUAUUACCCAAGUGGCUUCGGUUUGUUGUAGGUGUUGUAGAUAGUGAAGAUAUUCCUUUGAAUCUUAGCAGAGAAUUGCUUCAGGACAGUGCCCUUAUAAGAAAGCUGAGGACCGUACUGACCACUCGAUUGGUCAAGUUCUUUACCGACCAAGCUAAGAAAGAUCCUGCUAAGUAUGAUGAAUUCACCAAUGAGUAUAGUUUGUUUCUCCGAGAGGGUAUUGUGUCUGCACAGGAACAGUCAGAGAAGGAAGAGAUAGCUAGAUUGCUAAGAUAUGAAUCAUCAGCCUUACCAGAGGGACAGAAAACCAGUCUGAUUGAAUACGGAGAAAGAAUGAAGGGAGGAGAACGGAAUAUCUACUAUAUCUGUGCACCAAGUCGAGAGCUGGCUGAGGGCUCCCCUUACUUUGAAGCAUUCCGGCGGAAAGAUCGAGAGGUAAUCUUCUGUUAUGAUGACUAUGAUGAAAUCACCAUGCUACAGCUGAGGGAGUUUGAUCGUAAGCUGCUUAGGUCGGUAGAGAGUGAAAUGGCAGGAGAUGAAUCCAGUGAAGAAACAUCUCAAGAAAAUGUUGAAGGAAGUUUGACCACAGUGGAAGUUGAUUCUCUUGUCCAAUUCCUGAAAGGAUCUCUAGGGGCCAAGGUCAAUGAUGUCAAGGUAACACAGAGACUGGGGCAGUACCCUGCAAUGAUAACAGUUGCUGAGAUGGGCGCUGCUAGACACUUCCUCAGAACAGCUAUGAAGAAUCGUACUGAAGCAGAAAAGAUGCAGCUACUCCAACCUACGUUAGAACUUAAUGGAAGCCAUCCAAUCAUCAAGAAAUUAUUUACUUUGAAAACAUCUGAUCCAGAUUUAGCCAAGAUGCUGGCAGAACAGAUUUAUGAUAAUGGAAUGAUAGCUGCUGGACUGGUAGAAGACCCCCGCCCUAUGCUCAAUAGGUUUUAUGCAUUCAUGGAGAAGUCAUUGGAGAAAUACUGAAUGAAAAUAUGAAAUGAUUACCUUUCUUGAGUGGACUAGUUGAAAUGCAAUGUGUCAUCCUCUUGAAUGCAUAUAUGUGAAUGGAAGAUGUCAGGAGAAAGGAUUACCAUUCUUCAAUAGACUGGUAGAUGGUCUGCAAACUAUUCUCUUGUGCCCAGAUGAAUUUACAGAUGUGAACGAUGGCCAUGCCCCACCACCACACACUACAUAGCAUUCUUCAGACACAAGUCAUUCAAAUGCAUUGGGUAACCCAUGCAGUAUCUCCAACCAUCCAUUUGUAGCCUUUACUAAAAUGUCUGUUUAUUCUUACAUAGAAUAAUACCCCAUUCAGUAUAUCAUGUUCACUUGAGCUUGGUGUAAAGUAAUAUAGCAUGUUGCAAAAUAAUCAUAUUUUUUAACCAUUCUCCAUUAUUUCAUUGAAUCUUUUUUUGUCAAUACUGGAAUUUAAAAUUUGACAUUGCCCUAAAUCAUUGUGUUCUAUAAAGCUUAUACAUGUUGGUUAUGAUUAUAUGUUCAUUACAUAUACAGAUUAUAAAUGAAAGGAAAAUAAUCAGGGUUGUCACUUCAGAUGGAUAAAAAAGGUCACCUAGAAUGACCCCUUUCCUAUUUGGAAAUAAUUUUUUUUCUAUGGCAGGAAAUAGUCUGAAUUGGAUAAUAAUCAUGAUACUAGUAUGAAUUUUAAAAGUGCACAUGUCAGCCAGCCAUGCUCAUAGGUCGAGUUAUGCAAAAGUGUUUUUUUAUAAAACUUUUUAAACUGAAACCCAUGAUUAUCAACAAAAGUUAUUAAAUGAGACAAGCAGCAGCACAGCAGCUACAACUUCCCUACAUUUGAUUAUUAGCUGUCGUGAAAAGUAUUUAUACUUUGUAUGAUGAUGUCCUUUUCAAUAUGAUUAUAUGUUCAUGUGUAUUCACUUGGGGCCAAUUUAAAUGAAUUCUUGCUAAAUAAUUCAACUUAAAAUAAAUUUUUAAAGAGAUUUGUUUACAAAGAAAUAUUCAUGUCGUGUUGCAUGCUGUUACUCAUUUUAUACUGCCUUUUAUAAAGAAGUGUUGCUUCUUCAUCAUAACAGUGUUUUCAGUCGCUUAUUUAUAUGAACCAUGCAGAUAAGUGGGCUUCUAGGUCAUGGCCAUACAGAUGAUCAUUGCAGAUGGUGCUAUUUUGAAUACGUACACAUUCAACAAAUGUGUUUUAUUUAAGAAAUAUGCUUGUCUAAAUUGGGAUUGUAGUUUUUUGUCCAUAUUUUCUGUCAAAUGAAUAGUGAUCUGAUCACUGUGUUUAUGAGUAGAAUAUCUCUUCAUAAUGUAUUUCUAAAUGACAAAAACCCACACUUUAUUAUGCUUUUUAUGGAGUAAAGUUUUGCUCUAUUUUGACAAAGGGAAGCAAAUGACAUUUUAAUCAACAGAGAGUUUACAUCACAUAUUGAAGUUUUCUUGUGGGAAAAAUUUAAAAGAGGAAAUUUAUCCUGUUAUAAGAUAUGUUGAUAGUCAUCCAUCAAUCUAUAUACAGUCAAGCCUUUGAAUAGUGACCACUAAAAACUGAAUUUCAUGGAGGCAGUUUAUGUGUAUAAGAACAUGUCUGUUUAGCAAACACCUUUCUAUUAAGGUUACAUAAUGUGUUUCCCCUUAGGUGAUCACUAUAGACAGGUUUCACUGUUUAUAAAUUGGUGUUUUGUAAAUGACCGAGACCUAUUACUUUUUACAUGGAAUGACACUUAUACUUGCUUCCAUUUGCUGAAGUAGAGCAUUAUUAACUGUGAACAAAUCAAUUAAUGCUCAGUGACCAAAGAAUGUCAAUUAAAUGAUUAAUGUAAUAAUGUGAUUGAAUUUCCUGGCUUCUUUGCCUCAUUUUCUAUCUCCUUUGAAAAUUCAUUUGAACUUGAUCAUAACUUCAAAUACAGGUCAACUUGCUCGAAUGAUUCAACUAUCCAAAAGUGAAAUAUUCACCUUAGUCAAAGCAAUUUUUGACCAGAUUAUGAAAAACAUGUUUCAUACCUCCUCUUAGUCAAAUUGUUCAAAAUUUGAAGAGAUUUAUGUGUCCCAAAUCGAUUGCACUGAGGUAAAGUUACCUGUCUUAUGUAUUUGUAGUCUGAAAAUGAACUUGCUUUGUGGUCAAUAUUCAGAGCUUUCAAUUAGUAGGAUUUUAUCCUAUUUAGUAGGGUGAAAGUGACACCAAAUUGAAUUUUUGGAACUUGUAAGAAUGAUGAUAUUUUGGUAUGUUUUUUUCAAAAUUUUAAAGAAAAAUAGGAUUUUAGCCUUGAAAAUAGGAUAAAAAGAAAUAAAAUUGAAACAAAUUUUAAGAUUGGCUGCUCUGAAUAUUCGAUUCUGUAUAAGAAUAAUAAUAUUAGAUUCAUUUGCUAUUAUUCCUGUUUGGAAAUUUAAACCUGAUUCUCGGUUUAGCCUUAAUUUCAUAGGCAUUGGAGUCAUAUUGUACAAAUAUAUCUGGCUUUGAGAAAGUAUAAUGGGAAUUAAUUAUCUGAGGUUGGACUGGCAAUAACUAUUUUUCCCCCAAGGGAUAAAUAGUUAUAUUGCCAAUCUAACCAAGGAUUACUAAUCCCCACUAUGCCUAUGAAGGAAACGCCUGAUAUGUUUGUUUUAUAUCCCUCUUUAACUUGCAGACCUAGUCCUUACUGAUGUGCAACCAAUCCAGACCAAUUCUAACGUUGCAGGACCUAGUAAAUAAUUAAGAGAUUGGUUUAAUAACAAAGAGGCUGUAAUGUUUCAAAUCGAUUGGUUCCAGAAUCAAAAGUCACAAAACAGCAAAAGAAAGACCAGUGAAAAUGAGAUACUUCGCUUUACUACCAUUGAGUCCAGUCAUUGCCAUUCAUGCAUUAUGCUUCUUUAACUUCAAUAUGUGUGUUUAAAAUGAUAAUUUUAACUUCCUGUUACUUCUUAGUUACUUUGGCAAUCAGUUAAACAUGAUGAUGGUCAUAUUGUGAAUUUUAAUAAACUGGUUAAUUUGUUUAAUCCCAUCUAAUUUUCAUUGGUCUUCCUUUUGCCAUUUUGUGACUUUGUGUUUCGGAACCAAUUGAUGUAAGGGGCUAUAGCUUCUCUGUGAUUGAACCUAUCUCUUAAUUAUUAACAUGUACUUGGUAAAGUUAUUCAAGCUAGCCUUUGUCAAAACUUUGUUCAUUUUGACUGAGUGGAAUUUGUUUAGAGCACUUGCGAAGUUUGAUAAGUUUCUUUUUGGAACCCAGUUUAUAUUGACAGAAGGUUUCCUGAGAUGGCACAUCAUGACACUGAAUCCUCAACCCAUGUAUGACGAUCAGUAAGAAUGAAGAAAUAUUGCAGACUAUUCAAUAUCGUAGCUGAUUGCUUGGGGACAAUCAUUUAUGGUCUAAUAGUUCUUAGUUCUCUCAGUAAAUAUAAUGAACAUUUUAUAUCAAAUCAUUCAAUAUGUUGUGAUUUCACCAUCCUGAUACUGCAUGUGUGAAAUUACAUACCAGUAAUAAAAAACAUGUAUAAGAAUUUGA